UCAUCUGAACGCGAGAGUCUGCGUAAAAACCUUCUGCGCUAGUGAUUCCUUGAAGCAGGAGCGCACUGACUGGAGCUCUGCACACAGAAGCGAUGAUGAUGGUGAUGAUGAUGAAGGCGCAGUUACGUGGUUGACCUGACCUGUGAUGGUAGCCUAUAUAAACCCCAUGCAGCAAGAGAAAGUCAACAAAGUCCGCUGAAUUACGCUUCAGAUGUAGAGGACAAACCCAGAAAUAAUCAGAAAAACACUGUGCAUUUACGAUGCACGCGGACUUCCUCCAGAUGUAGGUUCGGUUUGAUUCUUCUGAGUCGUUCGGAGAGAUGGAGUCGUUUGAGGCGGCGGUGAACGGCGUGUCUCACAGCGAGGAUCCGUUCUCCGGACCGCUCACGUCCAUCGCGCCCUGGAACUAUAGAGUCCUGGCGGCGCUGAUGUUCGUGGUGACCGCGGUGUCUCUGUGCGAGAACUUCACGGUGAUGCUCGUCACCUUCAGGUUCAAGCAGCUCCGGCAGCCGCUCAAUUAUAUCAUCGUCAAUCUGUCUCUGGCGGACUUUCUCGUGUCUCUGAGCGGAGGAACGAUCAGUUUUGUGACCAACUAUCACGGGUAUUUCUUCUUGGGCAGAUGGGCUUGUGUUUUGGAGGGAUUCGCAGUCACCUUUUUUGGUAUCGUGGCUCUGUGGUCUCUGGCCGUCCUGGCGUUCGAGCGGUUCUUCGUCAUCUGUCGGCCGCUGGGGAACAUCCGUCUGCGAGGCAAACACGCAGCUCUGGGUCUGCUGUUCGUCUGGACCUUCUCCUUCAUCUGGACCAUUCCUCCUGUCCUGGGCUGGAGCAGCUACACCGUCAGCAAGAUCGGCACCACCUGCGAACCCAACUGGUAUUCAGGAAAUGUCCACGAUCACACCUUCAUCAUCACGUUCUUCACCACCUGCUUCAUCCUUCCGCUCGGUGUGAUCAUCGUCUGCUACUGCAAACUGCUCCGGAAGCUCAGAAAGGUUUCUAACUCGCACGGCAGGCUGGGUAAUGCCAGGAAGCCGGAGCGUCAGGUGACCCGUAUGGUGGUUGUGAUGAUCGUGGCCUUCAUGGUGGCCUGGACCCCAUACGCCGCAUUCUCCAUCGUGGUCACGGCCCUUCCCAGCAUUCACCUGGACCCGCGGCUGGCAGCCGUUCCGGCGUUCUUCUCCAAAACCGCAGCGGUGUACAACCCCAUCAUCUACGUGUUCAUGAACAAACAGUUCAGGAAGUGUGUGGUUCAGCUCUUGAGCUGCAGUGACGUCACCGUCAUCGAGGGGAACAUCAACCAGACCACCGAGCGCGCCGGCAUGACCAAUGAGAGCAACACAGGAGAGAUGUCCGCCAUUGCUGGAACCGUCCGAUCUAAAACAGAUGAGCGUCCCAAUGAACGCAACUCCUGUCCCCAAAUUCCCAUUCCUGAGAACAAAGUAUGUCCGAUGUGAAGACACGCGCCAACACCUCUGUUUGUCACUCAUGUUCUCUGGCUGAAUGCAUAUUUUCUUUUGAAUGCUGGCAUUCAAACUUUAGUCUAAAAAUCAUUGAUCCAUCAUUAAAUUCUGCAGCUUGUGCGCUGCAAAAACACUGAAAUAUGCAGUGUUGGGGAUGAAACUAUCUGCAAGCUACCCUUAAAAACGAAUUCACUACAAAAACAAGAAGGUGGUUAAAGAGUGAUAUCUUUUAAAAUAUAAUUUGCAUUUAUUUGAAAGCUUUAUAUUGCAACAGUUUCACAAAAAUGGACUGCCAAAACUAAAAAAAGAGAUUAAUUUGCAAUACAGUUGUUAAUUUAAUACAGUUAAUAUGGUAACACUACUUGAGGCCUUUGUGUAUAAUGCAUUAUACAGGUGUUCAUAAUGUAUUGCAAUUCAUUAAAUAUUUUCAUAAAUAAACCAUGAAAAUAUUUAAACCAAAGUUAAAAAUGGAUUAUAUUUGCACGAUUACUUGUUAUAGCUGAAAUUGGUUGUUUGUCAUGUGUUUUAAUGCAUCAUACUUUUUAAAGGUGUAAC